AUGAAGUCUCUCCAUUCCCUGGCGGCAGCGGCCUUCGCUCUCGCUCCCCUGGCCGCCGCGGUCACCUAUAACACUUUUGACGGCCCGGGGUUCCCAGCCUGCCGCAACGUGGCGGCGGUCUACAACGCCACAUCUGUCGAUGAAGUCCAGUCCCUCGUCAAGGGCGCCAUCGCCGCGGGUCAGAAGGUCCGCGCCUCGGGAAAGGGGCACAUGUGGUACGAUACCAUGUGUUCUGACGACCCCAACACCGUCAUCAUCCGUACUGAAGAGGUCAACGGCAUCUCCGAGUUCGACCUCAACGCCGGCACCGUCGAGUUGAGACACAUUGUCAAGAAUGAGGGGAGCGAUGAGUGGCUUGCUGCGUCAACUUCGCUGGGACUCCUGGGUGUCAUCGUCAGGAUGAAGUUCAAGAUCUACCCCGACUUCAAGGUCUAUGCUGACCAGAAGACGUGA